GUGACCCGGAAGCAGCCGGUGAGCGGCGGGAGCGGCGCCGCGGGGACCGCGCCCAUGGCGGGCUUCGACACCAACCCCUUCGCCGACCCGGUGGACAUCAACCCCUUCCAGGACCCCUCAGUGACACAGCUCACAAGCACUACCCAAAGUGGCUUGGAUGAAUUCAACCCCUUUUCUGAGACCUCCCAGCUGACAAAUGCAGCACGGACGACGCCGGCCACCCAGCCCCCCGGGCACUCUCAGCCUGCAGUUCUGCAGCCCUCCAUGGAGCCCACUCCCCAGGCUGUGGCUGCAGCAGCACAGGCCGAGCUGCUUCAGCAGCAGGCAGAGCUAGAGAGGAAGGCAGCUGAGCUGGAGAAGAAGGAAAGGGAGUUGCAGAACAAUGCAGCCAGCUUCAACCCGAGGCAGAACAACUGGCCACCCCUUCCCAAGAGGUGUCCCAUCAAGCCAUGUUUUUACCAGGAUUUUUCUGCAGACAUCCCAGCAGAUUACCAACGGAUAUGCAAGAUGCUCUAUUACUUGUGGAUGUUGCAUUCAAUUACCCUGCUCCUAAAUCUGCUUGCUUGCCUGGCGUGGUUCACAGUUGAUGGAUCCAGAGGAGUAGACUUUGGUCUCUCCAUCCUGUGGUUUGUUUUAUUCACUCCUUGUGCCUUUCUCUGCUGGUACCGACCCAUUUACAAGGCUUUCAGGUCUGACAGCUCCUUCAGCUUCUUCGUCUUCUUCUUCGUCUUCUUCUGCCAAAUAGCAAUCUAUGUCAUCCAGGCUGUUGGCAUUCCUGGCUGGGGGGACAGCGGGUGGAUCGCGGCGCUGACCGACCUGCGGCAGAACCUGGCUGUGUCCAUCAUCAUGAUGGUGGUGGCAGGAUUCUUCACCCUGUGUGCAGUCCUCUCCCUCUUCCUCCUGAAGCAGGUGCAUUCCCUGUACCGCCGCACAGGAGCCAGUUUCCAGAGGGCACAGGAAGAGUUUUCCCAAGGCAUCCUCACCAACAGGAGCUUCCAGACAGCAGCUGCUGGGGCAGCCUCCUCUGCAGCACAGAGUGCUUUCCGGGGAAACUAGCCCAUCCUGCCUUGCCUCUCCCAUUCCCACUCCCUCUCCCAUCAUCACCCCAACCUCCUGAUUUGGGUGGUUUUGGGUGUUUGGUUUUUUUUUUUCCCCUAAAGAUGCACUUUCUGGGGGUGCCGUGUUAGCUCUGUGAUGCCCACUCCAGAUGAAGAAGAGGUCUGGGGUGGUUUUUUUGUUUUAUUUGGAAGCUUCAGCUGCCCGACGUUGAUGCCCUUUAGUUUUCCCCUGUCUUGUUUUAGGGGGUGGGGGGGGAUAGGGGAGACAUUCUCUGAAGCAAAUAUAUUCUUUCUCUAUCCAGGAUGUCCCAGGUGUUUGUGUCUCUCCCUCUCCUUGCCCUGCCCAGAGCAGGAAGGUGAGGGGAAGCAGCUUUUGGAUUUUACUCUCUUCUUUUGGCCUUUGCUAUGAAGAAUUUGAUUAUUUGCUGGGUUUUUUGUGUUUUGGUUUUGUUUUUGUUUUUUGUUUUUUUUUUUUUUCAGGGCUUGUAUCUUGCAUGGACUUUAUGUCAUUAAUUUAAGAGGGGAAACUGGUUCCUUAUACUUAGGCAGUGCUGGGUUUUGACCCAGAUUCCCAAGAGUGGCACGAAGGAAAACCUUUGGGAGCAGGAAGGGGUUGGAGAAGAGGGGGAAAAAGGUCUUUCUCCUUGUCCCCCUGCCAGGGCAGAGCCUCCUGGAAAGCUUCACUGUGGCUUUCAGCUGGGGCAGGAAGGGGGAUUUGUUUUGAGCUCCUCUCUUUGGGGCCAGGACAGGGUGUCCCUUGGGAGGGGGGUGAGGAGCAGGGGUUGAGGUGCUUGGGGCAGUGUCCUGGCCCCUGCUCCUCCAGCAGCCCUGCUGCAGGGGGGGCUUCUGACUGCGGCCUUGUCCCUUCUUGUCCCCAGGUUUGGGGGGGGGGGGGGGGGUGUGCUAUGCCCCCCACCUUGGCUGGCAGAGGGGGUGCUGGGGUGGGAGGGGGGGGUGUGGGGCUGCCUGUUCCCCCCCUGGCACACAAAUUGGCAAUUUCACAGCCCCUCCUUCCCUUCCCCUCCUCUUCUUGGGUGUAAUUUUUGUUGCCUUCCCCCCCCCCACCCCCGGCGCGUCUGAUCUUUUCAUGUACAACAGAAAUGAUUAUUGAGAAUAAUAAUAAUUAAU